AUGGAUCCUUCUAUUUUGGACGACUCUGGUCAUAACGACAUUUUGGGUUCGGAAGAUGGUUUAAAUGUUGAAGCAACAAUUGACGAACAUCUUGAAGAGACUGGUUUCGAUUUGGACUCGAAUCAUUGGCCGGUGCCUCGACAGUCUGGACCUGAAGUGGAUACAGUUGCGCCAUCACCAGUGGUUGGACAAUCCAGUACUUUUAAUUUUGAGAAUUUGCUUGCACAUGCCAUUCGGAAUGUUGCUGAAUCUCCAGUACAACUGCCGUGGGAGUCUGAUGAAUGGGCUUGCAUUUUUGGCCCCACGCAUGAUCCUUUGGAGACGUUGGUGCCUCAGUUUGAACCCAAGCUCAAAGUUCCAAAGUUGAUCCAUGAUAGGCCUGUUUGUGAAUCAAAUGCACCAGUGGAUGAUCCUAGUCAUGCUCUUUCGCAGCCCUUGUUCACCAUUGCAGUUUCCAGAAGGAAGGACCAGGUCUGGACCGAAAAGCGCGAAGCUGAGUUGCAGAGGGCAUUGAUGAAACGGGAUACAAUCAUCAGAAACUGGCCAGAUGCGUGGCGAUGCAAGCGUGAGCUGGUAGCAUGUUCUACAGUGAAUGAAUCUAUGAACCUGCUUGGAGACUAUUUGUCCGGGAAAGCACCAUCGACACUUGUGAAACGGGCAAACAGCAUGGUCUUUUUACACACUACUUUGCAACAGUUAGGAUUUUUCUGGCCUGUUGGCGAGCCUGACGUGUACAGAAUCAUUAAGACGUUGCAUUCAUCGGGUAACAGCACUAGCCGUUUGAAGUCGAUCUUGGAAGCCAUCACCUUUUGCAGGUACUCAUUUGACAUCGAGGACCUUCAUCCGAUCACGGUCAGCAAGCGCUGCCUGGGAGCCACUGGAGGAGACGUUGCAAACAAGUUGAACCAAGCUGCACCGUUGACAGUUGCAGACAUUUGGCAAUUGCAUCUGUGCUUGGAUACAGGGGAUGCUUGGGACAGGGUUUUCAGUGGUGCAGCUCUUUUCUGCAUAUAUGCACGUGCAAGAUGGAGUGACUUCAUUCAUGGCAACUGCGUUAGACUGGAUGUGUUGGAUUCCACCGGCCAAGUGGCUUACGCUGACAUGGAGGUGCAAAUUCAUAAGACCAUGAAGGCAGCGGCGAACAAGUUCAAAUUUUUGGACCUAGUUGUUUCUGGCAGUGGAAUUUUUGGGAACGAUUGGGUAAGAAGCUGGGUUGAUGCACUCAACAACAUUGGCGUUGAUCCUUUCUCAAACGAACCUGGGAAGACCUUGAUGCCAGCGCCAGCUGCAGAUGGCACAGCCCUUCAACGAGCCUUGGAGAGCGAUGAGGCCAGUGUUUGGCUGAGAUUGAUGUUGGAAGAGAAGGUCAAACGUAGUGAAAGCACUAGGCAGAUCUCUUCACACUCACUCAAAGCAACACUCCUUUCGAUGGCGGCCAAACGAGGGUUAAAGCAUGAGGACAGGUUGGCGAUGGGUCAUCAUGUGCAUCCUUUUAAGAUGGCAGACACUUAUGCAAGGGAUGCCCAAGCAAGGACGAUCCGUUUGAUCGACAAACUUUUGCUGGAGAUACGUGCCGGUUAUUUCAACCCAGAUUCUACGAGGGCUGGAAGGUUCAACAAGAACUAUGCACCGGACUCCUCUAUGGAUGUGGGCGCAGUUUCAUUCUUUGAGAGCGAGGUCGAAAGUGCUGCAUUGGAAGCAACAGUUGAUGAGACAUUGGACGAUGCAGUGCAAGUGGUUGAAGAUGACCAAAUAGAUUUGGAAGAAGAGCAUUUCACGAGCUCGUCUUCUGACAGUGAUGCAGAGAGUUUGGAAUACAAUGCCCCUGUCAGGAUUUUUCAGCCACCGACGGCGCCAUCAGGUUUCCACUUCAUGCAGCACAAGCGUACCAGGACACUCCACCUUGUUGAUGCCAAGUAUCCCCAUGGAACCUGUUGUGGUCGAGUAUUAGAUCAGAACUUUGCAGAACCCUCGCAGCUUAGGCAAGGAUCCAGUGGUGUCCGGGCCAUUGAUGGCAGCGGUUUGGACUCGCCACGUGUGGUCUUUGGCUCAGAGCUCAGUUUUCUGAUCCAAGGUGAAACGGAACCAUCGCAUGCUUUGCUGGACAAGUGCCAAAACAUUUAUGACACCGGUGCCAUCAUUUGGAUUUCACCCUCAAUGUGCACCAAGAGGGACGCAGAAGUACAAGCUAUGCCAAAGGAUUCACACCAGAUCCUACGCAUUGAGUCACAGACUCUCAAGGUUGGAACAGAUGGGCCUAAGUUGGAUGAUGCAGACCAUGGAUCAGAAAUCAAAUUACAAUGGUGUUUUCAGCGCAGAGGAGUGGCAUUCGAGAUGUGUGAUAUGGUGUCAUGGGAGGUAUCCCAGAAGUGGCUGGCCACGAUGUUUGCAGCUUACUCCACCGAUCCUCCAACAGGAUUUGGAAAGGUCGGCUUGCAGCAAUUGGUGUCAGCAGACAAAGCAAUGUGGACCAUAUUGGCUAGGGAGUUGUCAACUGUCAAGCCAGACAACACAGGAAAGCGACCACUGGAUGAGGCAAUUCUAAAAUUGGUGCAUGAUCCACGUGUCACCAUGUACAUGUUGUCCCUUCCAAACAAAAGACCAGCUACCUCAGUGCCAACUCGGCCGGCCAGCACACCAGACAUGACACCUUCUGCAGUGCAGCCGAAAAAGAAGGCAAGACCCAGCAAGAAGAAUAGGCAUCUGGACAGCCUCCAAAGUGCAGAAGAGGAGUUCACAUUUGUGCUGGUUGGAGAUUCUUGCAAGCAAUGGCUGUUGACAAAGGUGCAGAAAGAGCGAAAGUGCGCAGCUCAACCUUUUGGCCUCACCAACUCGGAGGACUUGCAGUUCCUGAUGGAUUUCAUCAAGCAGGAAGCUCUUAACCUCUGCCUAUUCCACUUUGCACCACCGUGUGGAGCCUGCUCAGCCGCCAGAAAAAGAGAGUCGCCUUUGGAGGUGCAAGCAAAGUUGAAGGAAGCCCACUUCAUCAACAGCCGUGCUACGGGCCAGAAGCUGCCUUGGGAAUCAGGUGUAUUUGCAACCAUUUUUGACAACAGUGACAGUUUUCUUGCAUCACCGUUAAGUUUGUGUCCUGUACCACCUGAACUUGAUGAUGCACAGCAGUUUGAUCAGGGUGCUGAGUCUUUGCCUAGCAUGCCAAGCAAUGUUUUGAAACGUGAUCGAACUGACAACGUUUUUGCACAUGUUGUCAAGAUGAAGCGUGAUGUCGAUCAUCUUACUGAAGUUUCAGAGCUGUGGGCCAAAGCCUUAAAGAAGUGGCACACGGUGCUAGCGUGUACCGGCUAUGCAGGCUUGGUCGGAGCCACAGUCAGAGACAUGGUAUGCGAUGGCAAAGAACUGGAAGGUACCCUCAGAGAUGUUUUCGGCAACAAAUCACGUCGUACUGCAAACAAAAGGGCUUCAACAAUGUUGGCACUGUUCUCUUGGCUUGACAGGAAAAAACUGCAGGUGUGGCCAAUCAAACCAGAAUAUGUUGCAGCGUAUCUCAAUGAAUCCAAUGUUGGUGGAGCUGGCAGCACAAAGGGUAAAACUUUGAUGGAGGCACUUCGUUUCUGCAAAUAUGUCAUGAGACUGCCAGAGCUGGAUGAGAUCAUCGACGACCCCGUGUUGACAGGCCGUGUCAGGUUCAACAAGGUUUCAGAAAACAAGUACGACAGCUUUGAAACGGGCUAUGCAGAUGCCACUGGUUGCACCCAUACGUUUGCCCAACGCAAAGGCGAUGUUGCCUCCGCAUGUUCAGAGGAGCCGAUGCGUGUGAGAGUCAAGGUGGAGAACUUCCCUGAGGGACUCAGCACUCAGAGUCGGAGUGAAGCAGACCAUGUUCUUGGUGUGGUCGAUUUGACUGAGAGCAGUUGGUCGCUGGUUGGCAGCCCUGUCAGUGAACAAGACGCUCGACAGGAGAGUCCGGCCAGAGCCUCAUCUGAUGAUUCCAGCAGCAGCUCAUCAAGUUCCUCUGCACAGGAAGAGCCACUGCAACAGAAGUAUGCUUUGGAUGGUGAAGUGAAAGAUUGCAAUGAGCCAGUGUAUCAGCACAAGCAGAGUCGAGUGCUGCACAGACCCAACAAAGUUGCAGGGUCCCUUGCGUGCGGCCGUAGGCUCGGUGACAACUACAGGUUUCUGGAACAGGGGGCUUCCUUCAAAUGGGCGAGAUGCUCUCUAUGCUUCAAAGGUGAAGUUAUUACAAAGACGGAUCAGCUGGCAGAAGCGAUGGCAGCUAUCCAUGCCAGGCGUAAAGCUCAGUAG